AUGGUAUUGCCUUGUGAGGUGGCUCAUCUGGCACCAAUUGAAAUGCUGCUUCUUCAAAAGAAAGCGAUUCGACUCAUGGCUGGCUUGGGAAUGCGAGACAGUUGCAGGACUGCGUUCCGAGAUUUGGGAAUUUUAACGGUGGUUUUGAGCUACAUCCUGGCUGCAUGCUCAAGAGGCAAAGAUAUUGUUGCUGAGCUCAAGAACUAUGGCAAGCAGUUUGAAGAAUUUAGGGAGUCUUUGCAAAUGUUCUCAGAUACCAUAGACAAGGCAAAUGAAAAUAUGAAAAAGCUGACUGAAAACUAUAAGGAGCUCAAGAGCGAGAAUCAACAAAUUAGGGCUAGUAAUAAGGAGCUAAGAGAAGAAGUGGAUAGUUUAAAGAUGAGAAUGAGACAAAUUGAGCAAUACUCGAGGAAAUCAAAUAUUGAGAUUCAGGGCGUUCCUGUAACCAGCAACGAGGACCCUGUCCUAAUUGCCGUUGAUGUGGGGAGGACUGUGGGUGUGGAACUGAAAGCAGAAGAUGUGAUGGCUGCUCACCGAGUGCCUACAUUCAAGCCUAGAGCCAUACCACCACUCAUCGUCCAGCUUAGGGACCGGAGGCUUAAGAAUACGUGCAUUGCAGCCUACAAGAAAAACAAAAAGUUAAGUGCUAAAGACAUAAACCCAGCGUUCCCGAACAACAUCGUCUACGUGAACGAUCAUCUGACCCCGGAAACCAAGAGCCUUCUCAGACUGGCAAAGAUGAAAGCAAAGGAAAUUAACUAUAAGUAUGUCUGGUGCAAUGACGGCAAGAUAUUUAUGAGAAGCGAGGAUGGCCAAAGGUGUAUCCGAAUCGACUGCGAACAGGACUUGUGUAAAAUAAAAUAA